CAUGACAUGUCUAUGUAUGAUGCUAAGGAGUUGAAAAAGUAAACCGAUUCAGAGUGAAAUUCUCAUCAGCGGUUUAAAUAUAGGACUUGUACAUCACCUGCAGUAGACACGAACUGUAAACUUUUCAUUGUCAUCUCCAUGGAUCGUUGUAAAGUGGCGUAAAUAAUCGUGCAAAUCAUUAUCAUAAUCGAGAUUUUUCCAAAUCGAGUCUGGGGGCUGAGACUGUGCUGGUGCUGAGUCUGUAGUGUAUGCAUCUGCAGGACAGUGUAUGUGUUGUGCAUUUCAGUACAUUUGUACAGUGGUGAGGCCUGUCAACCUUCGUCCGUAAAGCCCUUUCAAUUCGAUGCAUAUGAACACAUUUCUUUUCUCUAGUCCUUGACUUUUAUUUCUGAAUCAAGCGAUUGAAUAGUAGUAGGGCCUAUUGCUAACCUAUGCCAACUUUAUGCUGCUAUGCUGGUAGAAAACCCUCUGUUGAUGGCCGACGAAGACCAGCAACCAUUCCGUGACGAAGAGUCCCUCCGUUUUUUCUUUGGCUUGUCUAGUCGAGAUGUGGCUACAAGGUCCCAGGCUCUUGAUGUGAUAACACAGACAUUUGAACAUUGGCUUGAUGGCUAUGGCAGUCCCACAAGAGAACACAGCCUAUCUGACAAUUGUAACGAUUUGCCAAAUAAGGAUAUAAAAAAGGGACAAUCACUAGUUGUUGAACAGUUACCGGAAUUAUUGCGGUUAUCACUUACUUGUCCGUUCAGUGAUGUACGCGAACGUUGCAGUAGUCUCCUGAUUCGAUUUGAGGAACGUGGAAUAAGGUUGCCUCGUACUGUCAAGACAGAACCCACAUCGUUUGUCCCUGAAUCGGAGGUUCAGCCAGUAGAUUGUGAUGAUGAAGAGACCCAGUCGCUGUUCGUUGAUGCAUUUCUCCAAAAUAAUCGGCUGGAGCAUAUGGUCCAGGUCAUGGGUUACCACCCAGAGUACCUGGACUGCUUCCUACGGACACAGCACUACAUGUUGAGGGGAGAUGGCCCGCUUCCCUACGAGUACAGACAUUACAUCGCUAUUUUGGCUGCAGCUCGACACCAGUGUUCGUACCUAGUCAAAUUACACACCACAGAAUUCCUGCUGCAGGGUGGCGACCCACAGUGGCUAAAAGGGCUCGAUAAUAUACCACAGAAAUUAAAAGAUCUUAACGAAGUAAAUAAAUUAUUGGCUCACAGGCCAUGGCUAAUCAACAAGACACAUAUAGAGAAAUUGACACGGGGUAGUGACAACUGGUCGAUGUCAGAGGUCAUGCAUGCCCUGGUGCUGCUCGCCCAUUUCCACGCGCUAUCAAGCUUCAUCUAUGGUUCGGGCAUAAAUGCAGAGAUCGACCACGAAAACGGUCACACGUUCGAUCCUGCCGACAAGGACGACAUGAUUGACGAGAUCGAACCGCAGCAGGAGGCAAAUCACGAGAAUCAGUUAGAGUGUCACCAGAGUGGACAUGGGAGUGUCUUUAAUAGUAAUUCGGCUUCUCCGAAUUCGUUCCAAGAUAACGGCGGGGGAAUGAUCGACACGAUCCUGAUGAGGAUGAAGAAGUUGACGGAGGAGGAACCAGCCGAGACGACGCAGGAGGAAAUGUUAAAGAGAUUCGAGAAAGUCGAGCAUCAAAGUGCUCAAUUGCCCACGAGCACCUCAAAACCAUCGCCGAAGGCAGACAUGUUGUUGUACGUCGACGAUGCUGACUUCACAUACGAGGACUUCGCGAUGCGAGGACCUGUGUCAAAGAUACCAACAUUCAGAGCCCAGGAUUAUACCUGGGAAGAUCAUGGCUAUUCUCUUGCCAACCGAUUAUACACAGACAUUGGCACACUCAUUGACGACAAGUUUAGAAUAGCAUACAAUUUGACCUAUUACACAAUGGGUGAUAAUGUGGACGUGGAUACUAGUGCUUUUCGUCGUGCCAUCUGGAACUAUAUACAUUGCAUGUUCGGCAUUCGCCAUGAUGAUUACGAUUACGGCGAAGUGAACAUUCUACUGGAGAGGAGUCUCAAGUCGUACAUCAAGACGGUGACGUGCUACCCUGAACAAACAACCAAGAAAGAUUACGACAGCUUCAUGUUGGAGUUCAAGGAUUCAGAAAAGGUCCAUGUGAAUCUGAUGCUUCUCGAGGCAAGGUUACAAGCAGAGCUGUUGUACGCACUACGAGCAAUCACACGCUAUAUGACCUGAGGGCUUCCAAGUGUAACACUGGUUUUCCUUGCUCUAGAAAAUUCCAGCUAAGUCAGAAAACUUUGGCGGUGAUGUUUACCACUUCUUGAGAGGUGGCGUCCCGCGCUUGUUUUCAAUGGUGCUUCUGCGUGUCAGGCGUAGAUAAUAUGGACUUUUGUGUUUCCUGUGAUACUAAUUGAAGAAGAACUAUUCAGCUAUUUCUUCUAAAACACAAGUGGACGUCGCCGAUGACGUGGACUAAGUUACCAAGCGUUACGACACGACGUCUGCCCAAGUCCAUAUUGGCCAUUCUGAUUGGUCGCAAGAUGUGAUAUUUACACCCAGUGAGAUGUUUGCAGAUUGAACGAUUUUGGAAUGGCGGACUUUGGAUUGGUUGUAAGGAUUGUCAGUUUGAAACACGAGUUUGGAACUUCGGAGUCGAUUUUGAUUGAGAGAAUUAUUGGAUCGAAACAGAACUGCCACGUUCUGUGCUAAACUGGUGAAAAAACUCUUUGCAGAGGCCUUUUGUACCUUUGAUGCCAACUUGUCAACAAAUGGCGCCCGUUAUUCUUUCAUAUUUAAAAAACUUUGUGAUUUUCUCGCCCAAAAGGGCCUUUGAAUGCACAUGAAAGUUUUUUACCCUUUUCGAUGAAAACAUUGUACGAGAUUCAAUGCAGUAGUUUGGCAGUUGGAACUGGUUCACCAAUACAAAGAACUUGGCUUCAUACUUGAGCCAUUUAGGUCAGACUGAUACCCGAUCUGUUGCCCUAAAAAUGUUUAUAAUGGGAUCUAUAUAUAAGUUUGUUUUUUUUUGACAAAAGAAAUAUCUUUUUCAGCAACAGUUUUAUCAAACUAUAACAUGUACAAGUGCGGGAAACUGGAAAACAUGUCCGCCUUUUUUACUUUCGCAAUUUGCAAAAAAAUCAGAAAAAAAUACAAUUUUUACAAUUUCUUAUUUGGCGGAUUACAAAAUUUCCUUCAGUUUCAGCCCAAGUCAAAAAGUAUUUUAAUUGUUGCAAUAGUCUGUUGUAUGCGGAAUUUGCAAAAGUAAAAACAUCUGCGAGAAUUGACAGUAUUCUUUGUUUUUUUUGGUAUAAACUCCUUCUAAGAAUAGAUUUACGCCAGUUUUUUGUCUUCUAAAGUCCUGAAACUGAACUGACCUUUUCCUUUUUCCUUCGGAAACAAAACAAUUUCAGAACUUCUGAAGUAUUGAAAGACAUUAGUCACUUGUGAUCUGAUCAUGGUGAGGUUUGCUUGAGAUAUUCUAAAGCUUGGUGUACCAAACUUUAUUGUGAAAUAUUCCAUUUUUGAUAAACGUAUCAUCCUUUAAGAACUGGAGUGUUGUACAAGAACUCAAUUCUUCGUGUAGGACCUGGGGGUCCUGUUGGCAUUUUCAUUGGCAACUUGGUGAAAUGAUGUAUUUGAAAUGUGAGAAGUGAUGCUGACAUUGGUUGUCACUUUCAUAACUUUUUACAUCCUGUGUUUUUUGAUGAUGGUGACAGCUCCUGUUCUUAAGUCAUAUGAUGUAGGCUGCCUCCUCAACUGCUAAUCUGUUAUUAAAUAGCUUGUAUCCUGCGCACAGUCCCUCCAACUAUUAAACGUCUGUUUCUCAAAUAAAUUUUCUUACACCCAAUUCUAUCUGAGUUCCCUUAAAACACUUCUUAGUUUAUAGUGAUUUGACUGCAUUUCAUUUUACCAUCCUGUGCCAUUUGUGUAACAAUAGAAGGAACUUGCAAUACAAGAUAUGAUUCUCGAAUUUGAAAAGAAUAUUCAGUUUGCCAAAAUAUUGAACAGGAUGUUAGCUGUAACUUCUUUUUUAAUGUGAAAUUGUCUUUCAAAAUCCAAAACUGAUUCUUGCAAAGUGUGCAACGUACAUGUUUACAACUACAUGUCAUGGUUUAAUUUUCAUUCAAUGCCAUAUCAUUAUUGAUCAUAAUCUUAUGAUAAUUUUUUAGUAUGAUACAUUUGUUCUGUUUGAUCAGUUCAAAUUCACUCCUGCUUUUGCCUAGAUAUAAAAAACAACUAUCUGCACAUUGUAAUAAUGGGUGUCAAAACUUCAUGUGUACCAAUGUAAAUAGUCUAGUAAUUUAAGCUCGUGUCCACGUAUACUAUUUAUAUCACUCAGUAAAUAUAUGUAGAAUCGCUUGAAUAUGGUAGAGUAAAAUAUUACUAAAUAAGGUAUAUGUCCCGUCGAAUUUCCCGAUAUAUUGAAAUGAUUCUGUGAUCAGCAGUUGAGGAGAUGAGUCUUGGUACCUAUCUGAAACGUGGUAUUUUGCAUAUCAAAAACGUGAUGCUAUACACUGGUGGAAAUCUUUCCCUUGUAUGCACAGGACAUGACUAUAAAUGCUGGAUCUUGACAGCGGUGGGUUUUGUGACCAUACACGGCGGGAGGCUUGUGGGUUUAUAGCUCACCUGUGGGGAGAUCAUGGUGUCCGUCAUCCGAUUUACCAUCUCUUUGCAGUGAAACCCAUUUUUGCAGAUUUUGGUUUCUGUACCUUUGAAACCCAUUUUUGCAGAUUUUGGUUUUCUGUACCUUUGAAACCCAUUUUUGCAGAUUUUGGUUUUCUGUACCUUUGAAACCCAUUUUUGCAGAUUUUGGUUUUCUGUACCUUUGCAUGCCUUGGCAUAUUUGGGUUAAGAUUUCCAUGCAGUUUGUGAUCUGUUUAUCAGGCUCGGUUAGACCUUCCAUACCAGUAUGUUCAUAUACAGUAUACCAUUGUUUCUAUGUAGUUGUCACUCUAUGCACCCAAUAAAAUGAGUGAUAGUUCCACGCAUUUAAUAAAAAUAGUGAAUUAUCUUGUCGAAUUGUUGUAAUACAUAAUGUACAUGUACAUGUAGGUGCGUUUAGCAAAACUGUAAGGAUGCUAAAAGCCUGGAGUGAACGUAGGAAUGGAAUUUUGGCAUCAGAUUUGAUGUCUACUGUUGGCAAUUUGAAAAUGUUCAGUCGCACAACUUCAUACCUAAGUAUAAUCUGGAGUUGGAAACCCGGUUGCUGUGGAUAAUUGAGCCGGUGAUCGAUUGUGUUAAGCAGGGUAUUUUAAUGGACGUGAGGUACUGGUGCUUACCAUUUGGCAGGGCGCUGGCUUUGAAGUGCCAAGGUUCUCCUUGGCAGACUUCUUCAACAUUUAUGAAUUGCUAGGCAUGAUAACUAAGUUCAGGAUCAUAGCCGUUUUGUUUUGUUGCUAGAUUUUUGUGAAAAUCUUGUGUCAAAACAAGAUGGCCACCUUCAUGCCAGUACCUCAUUGAGGUUGGGUGUGGUUUUCCAAAACAAACAAGAAAUCGGACGUUAAUUAACUUCGACAAAGUUGAUAUUUGUUUUGAAAAACUUGUCCCUGAGAGAAUGCAUUACCGGUGUGUGAAAGUUUUAUUGAUUAAUGCAUAGCCUGUUUUAAAGGCAUUGGAUAAGUUUCGAUGGGGAUGGAUUUGAUAUUGACGACACCACUGGACACUGAACUCGAAUUGAAAGGAAAACAGAAUGGUUGGACAUUGCUCUGGUAUCGUUUUGGUAUGUCGUAAAAGUAAAUUGCAUUUACAAGGAAAUGUACACUGAGGAAGCAUAGAAUGAAACCAGUAUAAUCCUGGGAAACAAUUAAUUUUCCGUAAGGAUACAAGAGGUUUUGUAAAAGGGUCAGACAUCUUUAUAUAUUGAUAGUCUUUUGUAUUUGGUGCAGAGUCUUGAUUUUACCCUUCAAAAUCAUGACAAUUUCUGAAUUAAGAGAGUUAUUUCGGUCCAUUCUACUUCUUUCCCGGCAUUUGAGUCGCUGAUUUACACAAGCUUCGAACAUUUGAGCGCACGAUCAAACUUUAAACUGAUAUCUCAAUUUCGUUAUCUGAAUAUACAACAGUGCCAUGCAUCCCGAAGAUCUCUCAUUCUCAACUCCUCUGUAUAUUUCCUUGGAAACUUUCUUGAACUAGGCCUGCUGGGGUGCUAUGAAGAAGACUGCAGUGAGAAAAUAGUUGGAAAUUUCACAGAAUUCUCAUGUCUUUCUUCAACAAUGGUUGGAGAAAAAGAUGAUUUUCUGAUGAAUUUUCAAACUAUGUCUAGUUCCUUUAGCCACAUAUAUUUUCGUCCUGUUUGCAUUUCGCUACGAGAGACAUAUCUUCAGGCUUUCGGUCCAUCCGCUGCUUCUCUGUAACUUGACACUUCCAAGAUGUAAAUGUAUGAAUGUUUCUUCCUAAAAAGAUGUAAGUAUGUUUUUUCACCGCAAGCCAGAACCAAACAAGUACUCUUGCCAUUUGAAAUGACCCAAACUAGGAAAUCUUUGAUGCGCUAUCCAUGAAAGUGUAAACUCGCCUUCGAAUCAUGCAUGGGUGUCGGCAUCAAUUAUUUCCUUUGUGGUAUGUGCCUCGAACUGUUGGAUAACUCGUGUUCAGGACGAGUAAGGCAGUAUAUUGCCACUAUUUUAAGAUUGUGGUCGAGGUCAUUCAAAUGGUACAGGAUGGCCAGCAGGUUUUUCUGGCCUAAACACAACUUGUUGAUUUCACUGUUUUCUAGUGUCGCUUUUGAUAACUACAGUACUAUCUUGAUAGUAUGAAUAAUACAUUCGAUUGUACACAUAACUUGUGCUUAACGUUCGAGGCCAAAGGCUUUCCAUGUCUGACUAGAUGUUGCUCACGUGUGUAGGCCACCAUCUGAUUUGUCGCUGUUAUUUGAGCUACUUUUUAAGACAUCGCAACUUUGCUAUGAGAUUAUCUGGUGGAAAAAGGUCAAGACAGGCUCAGAAUGAGAUGCUUUAUAAUAUCAAAUUAUUGAUAAUUUCUUUGGGAAAACGAAAGUGGAAAUAUCCACUUUUGAUAUGAUUAGAAGUAUCACGAGCUGGAAAGUCUGUGAAAUUUCCCAGUUGCACAAUGUGUCAAAGUCACAUUUGCGCUGGCGUCAGGUUGUCGAUAAUGAAUACGUCGCACCCAAGACUUUAGACUUUAAUCAGAAUUGGGACUUGAUUCUCAGAUAACGAUGCAGAAAUGAGAUUUGUGUGAAUUGAAGAGGGUCGAACAAAAUUCUGGGGCCUGUUUUGGCUUUUGGAUGAGACUAGUAGAAAUAAAACCAAAUGCGUGUGUGGUCUGAUGGUAGUUCCAAAGUAUUUGGCUCAGUUCAUCAAAUAGGUCAUGUCAAGCGUUAACUGUGCUUACAGUAUUUAAAAUGAUUCAAGUUCGAGAGUGUGUCAUCUGUACAUCAAUGCACAUUGUGCACAUAUCUGAUGCACAUUGUGCCAUAUCUGAUGCACAGUGUCAUGCAUGCAGCUGAUGCACACUGCACCAUAUCUUAUGCAUGCAGUGUCAUGCGUGUAGUUGAUGCACACUGCACCAUAUCUUAUGCAUACAGUGCUCUAUAUGGUGAUGCACUGUCAUCUACCAUCAUGUUAACUUGCUGUUUGGUCUAACCGCCAGACCACAGAGUGCCAAGCCGAGAAUGUGUUGCAUCUCAAGUUUCCAGGAGUCCAUGUUGUACACAUUUCUCCGGUAGACUUCAGACGAAACAAAGCCUACGCAUGUCUUUUAAAGAUCCGUCUUGCCAAUGCCAACAUUUGUACGGUGUUUUGUGAAUGCAUGUAAGAAGCCAAAUUAUCAUAGUUUUGGUUUAGUCUGCAGCAAUUUUGUAUGGAAUGGCUAUUGUAAGCGUUAUAAUAUGCCAGUAAGUUUUGUAUUUUUGUUUUUUUUGACAAAGUCUUUUGCGUAUGAUUUAUUACAGAAUGUUGAAGCAGUGUUGAUACAUUAUUUUUAAGUGAAACUGGUACCACCCUCUGGUACAGAGCUACUGUUACUGAUGCUAAUAGAACUGUGUUAUGCACGAAUUAUAUAUAAGAUAUAAUCUUUGGUGCCUGGUAUAAUAGUUUAUAGUGCCUCUCUGUAAUAUGUUGAGUUGAGGAGCAUAGCUGUCUGUGUUUUAGUGCAUCAGCCACAUUCUCUGUAAAGAUCAUAGGUCAGUAUUCCUUGACUCGAUGUUUAAAAGUCAGUUAUGAUUCAGUGGUAGCUAGUCUCCAACUGAUCCAGAAUUUUUUUGUCUCCGCAGAGAUUUGAUGAUGCCUAUGCGAGUUAGGCGCGUCUGAAUUCAUGGAAUUGGCAACCAACUUCUGAUUGCAACGUAAUGUCUUUCCUCAUGUCUGUUAAUCCAUCGUUAUGGAAAACGUCUAAUCGUAUAACAUGCGUCAAGAAAGGGAGGUCAAAAUUGGGAUCUUCCGCUGAAUCUUAUCUGCUGUCUUUGAAAGAUUGAAUACCGUUACACUCCAAAAUCAUCAAACAAACUAGAUUAAAUCAAAUUUUAAAAGUUAAAUGAGUUUGAGAACUGUUUACUUCUUUGAGCCUGGUGACACUUGUGAUUGCAUUGAUCCUUAUCUGAAGUUCUUAUCAUAUUUUUGUUGAUCAAAUAACUACCAAGUUUAAUAAGUUUGGUCAGAAAAAUUGCCCCAUAAUAUCAAGUUUUGCCCAAUCGGAAGGCUCAGUUGAAAAGCUUCCUUGUUCUAAGAAACCAAUUUUGAAAUGAAAAGAACCGGAUUUGAGAUAAAGCUGCCAACAAUUGAUUUGUAAGUGUGUUCAUUAUCUCAAAUUGUUUUGUGUACAGUGGGCUGUCUGAUUCUGAAUGGUGGAAUCCCAGAGAUAAAAAAAGGCAUUUGUUCAUUCCUAGGUAAGGUGAAAUAGGACGCCUUCUGAGCAACAAUACAAAUACUGGAUUGAUGAAGAAUGUCCAUGUUUUACGGUUCAAUUUGACUUAGGUCCUGAAGUCUUCAGCAACAAUGAUAGGUACAUUUAGGUCAAAUAAUCAUUUUAUAGUGUCACUGGGCCUAAAGAAACAGAAAUAGUUAAAUUCGUUUUCGACAGCUCGUCAAAGUAUUCCUCCCUACAUGUAGCUUUCGUCCAUGCCAAAAUGUGACAGCAGUGUAUAGCUCUCACGUUGGAUUGUAAUUUAUUUGUUGGUAUUUUUCUAACCGUUUCUGCAAGGUCGUAUAUAAGAUGAUGUGUUGCUUGUAAAUAGAUUCUUUGUCACUUUGUGUAGGUCGGCACAGUUGCUGCUUCUCAGUUGUGGUGUAUAGCUUGCCUGCUGAACGAGAGAUGAGCCAUAAGUUGGGUUUAAGUUUAAGCAAGGGACUUUAACGCAUGCACGCUGGCAUGUGUAAACUCAUGCACGCUGCCCUCUGUAUUGUACAGUUCCUGUCUCUGACCUACCUUUGGUAAAAAAUAAAUUUUCGUGUCUGUUUAUGCUGGGCUAAGUCCCAGUUGUUAUUCCAAUCUAAAUCUUUAAGGGAUUUUUUUGAGUGGUAUUCAUCUUCGUGCUAAGUAUGAAGAGGAUAAAUUUGAAAAGGGCUGUGGCAUAGACAAAGAGCAUACAUCCGUAGAUGACGCUGUUGGUAUGCGACUGGCCUUGGUAGCAAAGGGGUAAAAGUGUAAUAUCUAAAGAUGAUAUCAGACUAUAAAUCCAAAGCCUUUAACUUCCCACUGUGGCCCUUGUGUAUUUCAGCAGGCUCGGUGUUUGCCUACAUGCUGCAGCUGAAAGCAAUAAGAGUUGUAUGUGCUUCCAGAACGCUAGCUGCAGUGGUGCUUGAGCAGCGACGACCGACUGCGUGAAUUGUUUACUCCGUAUUCACAUUUAUAAAGUCAGUGGUAGUCGACUUGUAACCCAAGUGUGAGCUGCAGAAGUCACCGCCAUUGUUACCCAAAUCCUCCAUUGCAUCAGCACCCAGUCUGAUGUCCUUGGACCAGUUCAUUGAUGUAUGGAAAGGCAAUGGUAGAGGGUUAUUAUCCACUGACCUUAUAAAAGUGAUAAUAGAGUUAUUGCUUUGCCGUUUUAAACUCUGUCAUACAGAGCAUCAUUAUCUUGUAAAUUUUUAUUUUGUAAAAGAUGUACAUGUUUUUGUAUCAAUAGUGACCGAUGGUAUGUGUGCAUAGUUACGGAAGGGAUAUUUUUUGUCUUCUAAAGUCGAAGUUAGUUCUUGUCACAGGCACGGGCGAUGAUCACUUCAAACAAGCGAUUUUUGUCGCAUGCAGUCAUGAAGAUUGCGUGUUGCAGGUAUCCAAAUAACUCUGACGCAUCCAGGUAGCUUUCUAAUGCAUAGUACUACAAUGCAUUGGCAGAUGCACUAUGGGACCGCCAAUCAAGGAGAUAGUGAUACAUGUAACUGGGAUGUGUGUCAAACAGAUUGGAACUUCUACUCUUUCUGAAUUCCUUUUCAUAGCUGGAAAGGCCCUUAACAUAUUAUCCAACUUGCAUAUGUAUUGAAAACCUACUGGCUAGGUUAUCUUUCGAUUUCCAUUUUUCAUGUUCCGUGACAUAUUCAUAUAUAAAUACGAUUUUCUAGAAAACUUAUUUCGCAAUAAAUAAAGUGGAUGUGUUACUGCUUGGUAUUAUUGAUACAAUCACGAAGGUAAUUUUUUUGUUUGGAAAGUUUGUGGACGUCUUCAAGUCGACCCCUUCCGUUUCUGUGCUUGUCAUAAAUUUAAAUUGUCUUGCAUACUGGUCAUUGGUCAUCUGUUGCCAUCUCACAUUUAUCGAAAGUGUGCCACGUGUUACUAUAUAUAGGUUGUGCUAUACAUAAAACAUCUGUUUCUCAAACUUAGAAAAAAAAGUUAAAUGUGAAGAGAAAACUGUCUGGAAAAAAAUUAUUUUGCACAUAGGAACAUCUUGGGGCAUUUCCAGUCUAAAGUUUGUUAAAAAGUGUUUGCAAUUGUAUCCCGCAAAAAGUAUAAGGUUGCAGUUGGUGAUGUAUAACUGAUGUGGACUGUGUGUCUUUUGUAAUUGUUUCAAAAUGUCUAUACGAGAUCUAAACAUCUUCAAAUUGUUAUGACUUGUUUUCGAUUAGAAAGGAAAGUCCUCCACCAUCUCAUGCCUCAAGCAGGGAAUAAGAGUCUCUGUGUGUGUUGCAAGUGUCUUUUUUUCACCAACCGUCAGUCUCUGUCGCGGCAAUAAAGUCUACUUUCCUGUGCAAUUGAAAGAAAAUAAGAAAAUGACUUGAGAACGUUUUGAAAAUAAGUCACGAUGAACAAGUUUGUUGAGUCCCUUUCUAAAGGUUUUAGAUCUUCUUAUCACACUGGCCACUGUACUGUAAUUCAUGUCUCCCGUCGGUAUUUAAUUUAAAAAAAGUUACAUUGGUGCCUACCUAAUGUACAUCUUGAUGAAGUCUGUCGUCAAACAGCUCAAAGGAACCCAAAUUUCUCUACAAAGGAUGCAGGUUUUGGUGAAAACUGAGAAGCAUCAGACUAACAAUGUCAACAAAUUUAAUGUUGACAAAUUUUCAUGCAGGAUAAGACCAUGAAAGGAUAUAUCUCCUUUUAUUUUGAUGACCCAAUAUUUCUCAAGCAUCUUCAAGUUCACCUUCAAGUCUCCUUGAACUUGAUUUGCGUCGAUGAAAAAAAGUUCACUUGUAUUUUCCGUUUAGAACUUUUUAGUGGAAAUUUCCUGCUUACUGGAGUGUUUACUUUUGCCUCAUUAUUGUUGUUUACAAGUACCUCAGUGGUGACAUUUGACAAGUGUUUCAUAAAAAAUUAGAACAAAUAUAUGCCUUUGAUCAAGUGGGACUGAUGCCAAAUGAUAUUUUGAACUUCGGGCAUGGAAAAAUAUGCUGUCAUAGAUAAGUUUGGGACUUUCACAUGACUUCUAAUACAAAUUCCAUGUUUCUCUUUGUUUUUUGUUUUGAUAAGGCUCCAUAAGUUUUCGAUUUAUAGUUUUAAAAAAUUUCUCGAUUCUUCUCCAAAACUUUGAAGUGAGAUGACCAAGUUGGGCAAUUGAUAUUUGAUAACUAAUAUCCAAAUUUAAAGAAGUUUAACAUUGUUUUGCACUUUGAUAUUUGCGGGAAAGACUUUGGUGCUGCCAUUGGAAUCGGAACCAGGAUUUGAACAACUCCAAUAUUGACCUAGUAUCUCGCUUGUGAAAUAUCAAUUUGAAAAAAAUUGCCCACCUGUACCUUUAUACGACCUCCGUGUUUAAUAAACAUUUUCCCAUCGUAAUAAAUCAUAUGAUAUGUAUCAAUAUUGGAAAGUCCAUACAGUGCAUACCAUUCUGAAUCAGAUUAAAUUCCAGAGCAGUUAUUUUUUUAUUCUGAUGGUUGGCACUUAAAUAAUACAGUGCUGUGUUAUUCAGUGCAGUGGGACUCAUUCAUUUUAGUUAAGGUCAUUUUGAAGUACUCAGAAUUUAAAAAUAGUCCCCAAAGUUUGACGAAAUGGUCCAACAACAGAAUAUCUGAUGUGCAUUUUAGUGCUGGUUCUAAAUUGUAAAUUGUCCCUAUGUGUACUUAUCAAAAUAAAUGUGAUUUUUUUUUUGGCAAAUAGUUGAUAUGUGACAUAAAUACCUGAGUCAUUGGUCAAGGCUGUGAAGCAUUUCACAGCCUUCAUCUUCAAGAGCUAGGUUAAUGUUUUCACUUUCUGGUAUAAGAGACUGACGGUUCUUGAGGCAUUCUGAUGGAGGAAAUGUUUAAUGUAACAACAUCUUCAAACUUGACUGGAAAUGCUCCUUUGCAUAAUGCAAGCAUUUUGGUUAUUGUCUUCACAUCCACUACAGCUGCUGUAAUUACCUACAGUAAAAUAAUAUAUUUUUGUUUGAAAA